GGAGUGCGGACCGUUGGGCAGAGUGCGACAGAGCUUCUAUUUAUCGACAAUGACCUCCGGAGUGCAGACGGAGGGUAGCGGGCAAGGGUCCAGCUUUGACUCCAACACACAGCCCGUUGUGACCCCUUCGGGACAAAGCGACGUCGACAAUUGUACCGAUGAGGAGCUAGACAGAGCCUUGGCGGCUGCAGAAGCCAAGCGCCUCAUACAGAAGAAGAGAGACCGACUUACCGCCCUCUUGAGGGGCGAAGAUCCAGACGAACAGCCGGCGGACACCAGUGCCCGUCCGGGGAAGAGAUUGAGAGAAUCGACUUGGUGGAAGCCAUCGAUGAGCACUUUACGAUACAAGGCUUCUAGUUGGGCAGAGCUCAAGGUUUUUACCUUUGAAGUUAAAAACCGCUGUGCUAUCGAUUCGUCAAACACAGAGACGGAGGUUGACAGUAUUCGGCCAGAAGCUGCAGAACUUUUUGGAGGAUUACGAGACGUUGGAAGCGGAGUUGCCCCAACCCUUGCCAGAGCGAUAUCAGGUCGGACUUCUACUGGUCCGGCUGGACCCAGAUAUGAUCCGCCAGAUCGUAUCCAAUGGGAUGCCAAAGACCCGAGAAGAACUUGUUGGCGCAGCGAAGCGGGCGGAGACCCUAUUACGCGGCAGCAGCCAAGGUCGAGCCAAUAA